CCUGCCGAAGAGAAGAGCACAUCAGCGCUGCUGCAUUGCCAGCCUUGUCCAGUCACCAUCAUCUCUACUGGCUGCAAGGCAGGGAAGGUCUUCAUGCGCUCUGGCUCACAGAGAGUCGGCGAUUUAAUAAAACUUCGGAUUCGGCGGCCAAGGAUCCAUUACCCAUGAGCACUCUGUGUACGUGCGAGAAAAAGAUGGCCGCGCCCACACGGGUUGUUUUGCUGGCAUGCGGGUCCUUCAACCCCAUCACAAACAUGCAUCUACGGAUGUUUGAAAUAGCCAAGGAUUAUCUACAGCGGACGGGCAAAUACCAAGUCAUAUCCGGCAUCAUAUCACCGGUACACGAUGCCUACAGCAAGAAGGGUCUUGUUUCAGCCAAGCAUCGGGCAGAGAUGUGCAAGCUGGCAAUGAAGUCGUCUGAUUGGAUCAGGUUAGACACGUGGGAAAUAGAGCAAGACGGUUGGACGGAGACGGUCAAGUCAUUGAGACACCACCUUGAUACAGUCAACUUGGAGACAUCCAAAGAGGCGGAAGACACCCUCCAACCUCCCGUUUCUAGGUACACCUCCGUCCCAGUACGGACGACCCGAAAGAGGAGGCGGAACAACAACAAAAACCAGGACGUCAACGGCGACUUCUUUGUGACUCUGCGAACUGUGUCGUCACUGUCCUGCUUUGGAGGCACUCUUAGUAACAAUGAUGAGUAUGAGGAGCUGCGCUACACUAACUGCAACUGCAGCAACAACAUGAACCUACAGCCCAUCCAGGUCAAACUGCUGUGUGGUGCGGACCUACUUGAGUCCUUCGCUGUACCAGGACUUUGGAAAGAAGAAGAUAUGCUGGAUAUAGUGAAGAAAUACGGCCUGGUGGUCAUCAGCCGGUCAGACUCCAACCCACACAAGUUUAUCUAUGAAUCGGAUCUACUAUUCAAGCACCAAAGCAACAUCGACAUUGUGACAGAGUGGAUUUUCAAUGACAUUAGCUCGACUAAAAUCAGGCGAGCUCUGCGGCGGAAGGAGAGCAUCAAAUACAUCGUUCCUGACCCAGUCAUCAAGUACAUCGGAGACAACAAGCUAUACGAGAUGGAGGAAACCACCACGGAGAAGAACUAACCAAAAAGAAAUCAGCUAUACAAACAAAAAAGUAUUUAAGAAAAAUGUUAACAAGAUGCAAAUGUUACUUGAUCUAAAAAAAAUGUCCCAAACUGCCAUGUCUGUUACUCCCAAAAUCGCCAGAAACAGCCGCAGCACUGUAUGGUGUUAUGGAUACAUCAGGGAAUUAUUACAAUGUAAUACAAUGUAAUACAAUGUAAUACAAUAUUUUGUGUGCACAAAAUAUUGCAUUCAUCAGCAGUUAUUGCAGAGCUGUAAACUGAAAAUGUUAACAAAAAUGUACUCCAUAAAAAAAAAAUGUGUGUCCAUACUGUAGUUUAUCCCCUGUGAAAACUUUCACUUCCUACCCUUGUACCGGUACAUGUAGCUGUACUGUUGUCUUAGUAUACAAGCCUUACCCCAUUCCAAGUAAUUAACUAUUCAUAAGAUACAUUUUCUGUUUUUCCCCUACGAUUUUUUUUGAAUUGUUAAAUAGGCAACUGGCAAAGCUCUUCCAACUUUUGUUCCUGUGUAAUGUAUAUUAUACAGGGUGGUUCAAAAUAAAGAAAAUUCACUUUUGAGAACAAUUUUCACCUAUUUUUAAAAAUUAUUUUAAAUUUUGAUAAGUACCUAUUAAAGUACUGGCCUUUAGGCAUAGGUGACAAAAAAAUCAUUGCAAUUGCAUGUUUUGUCUCUGAGCUAUUGUAGUUUGAACAUUUCAUGUGCGAAACAUGUUUGUCCACGGAGGUAUACUUUCCAUCCACUUGAAUGAGCUCGGCUAUCGGAGCUUGAUUUUAAGACAAAAUAUUAGCACACUUCAAACAAGGAUUGUUAGUUCUACUUAGUAACAACCGUGACGUUUGAUUGUUAUGUAAUGUAAUGCAACAAUGAACUUAAGCCUACAGCUCCUUGGGUAGAUGAUCUUAACACUGGCAUGAAUAAUCGGACAGCCUCAACAAAAGUUCCCAGGUCAAAA